UCGGCGGAAGCGCGACGGGCCGGUGCGGCGGCGAGAGGGCAGGGGCCGUGCGUCCCGGGCUGUCCCGCCCCGCCGGGACCGCAGCUGCGCCUCUCCGGGCCGGGCCGGGCCGCACGAUGGGCGCCCGCGCGGGCUGAGCCCCGCCGUGACGGAAAAAUGAGUGGUGGGUUGGCACCAAGCAAAAGCACAGUGUAUGUGUCCAAUUUACCCUUUGCUUUGACUAACAAUGAUCUGUACAGGAUAUUUUCAAAGUAUGGGAAAGUUGUCAAAGUUACCAUUAUGAAAGACAAAGACACCAGAAAGAGCAAAGGAGUUGCCUUUAUUUUGUUUUUGGAUAAAGAAUCUGCACAAAACUGUUCUCGGGCACUUAAUAACAAACAGUUGUUUGGAAGAGUAAUAAAAGCAAGUAUUGCCAUUGAUAAUGGAAGAGCAGCAGAAUUCAUUCGCAGGCGUAACUACUUUGAUAAGUCGAAGUGUUACGAAUGUGGGGAAGCAGGACACUUAAGUUAUGCUUGCCCUAAAAAUAUGCUAGGAGAGCGGGAACCACCAAAGAAAAAGGAAAAGAAGAAGAGAAAGAAAGUAGUGGAGCCAGAAGAAGUUGAGGAGGAAGAAGAAAGUGAAGAGGAAGGAGAAGACCCUGCUCUAGAUAGCCUCAGCCAAGCCAUAGCUUUUCAGCAAGCCAAAAUUGAGGAAGAACAACAAAGAUGGACACAGACUGCAGGGGAAUCUUCAAUUUCAGAUGAUUCAAAACGUCCACGGAUUAAGAAAAGUGCUUAUUUCAGUGAUGAGGAAGAACUUAGUGACUGAAAUAAUACUGUUCUAAAUGCAUAUAUAAGAUAUGUAUAGUGUACAUUUUGUAAAGUGCUAUAAAGUGAUCUGUAAUACAGGUUUGUUUUGAUGUUGAAGACACUGAAAAUCAUGGGGUUUUUUUAUUCUGUCCCCUGACUCUCCCAUCUUUUUAUAUCUCUGUCUCAAAACCUUACCUUUCAAGGCAACUUUUUAAGAAAAUGAUGUGGUUAUACACUUAAAUCCAGAAAAGUAUCUGUGAGAAUGCAUCCUGCAGUUAGUGUCUAGACCCAAGUUCUAGCAGUGAAGUGUUUCAUGAGAAUUUCCCAAGGCUUUUUUCCUAAGAGGUGUUCUUCUUAGGAUGACUGUUAACACGACUCAUGCUUUAUGUAUUGGUCUGCUUGGAAGCAGUGUUUUAGUAGUGCCUAAGUAGAAUAUGAAACUUGCAUUAGUUCCUCUGCAUAGGGUUGAAUUUCCGCAUUAAACAUUGUCUUUUUACUCUUCAUGCAGUGCUCUAAUAAAUUAUUGUCACAUCAA